AUGUUGCUGAGAGGAUUUGUUUGCCGUUUCUUCCGAUUUAACAGUAUAGAAUCAACCACUGUUAAUUAUACACGUUAUACUAACACAACAAAAACAAAAACAACGACAACAACAACAACAAUGUCUUUAGCAAACAAGCUUUCCGUGAAAGACCUCUCAAUUGCAGGCAAGAGAGUCUUUAUUAGAGUCGACUUCAAUGUCCCAUUAGAUGGCGACAAGAUCACAAACAACCAAAGAAUUGUUGCUGCUCUUCCAACAAUUGAAUAUGUUCUUGAACACAAGCCAAGAUACGUUGUUCUUGCUUCCCACUUGGGCAGACCAAAUGGUGAGGCUAAUCCUAAAUUUUCGUUAAAGCCAGUUGCUGCAGAAUUGGAAACACUAUUAAAGAGAAAGGUUAUUUUCUUGAACGACUGUGUUGGUCCAGAAGUUGAGAAGGCUGCUGCAGAAUCUCCAGAAGGUUCUGUCAUUUUGUUGGAGAACUUGAGAUUCCACAUUGAGGAGGAAGGUUCAAAGAAGACCGCUGAGGGUAAGGUCAAGGCAGAUAAGGCUGCUGUUGAGAAGUUCAGAAAGCAAUUGACUGCAUUGGCAGACGUUUACGUCAAUGAUGCCUUUGGUACUGCACACAGAGCCCACUCUUCUAUGGUUGGUUUCGAAUUGCCAGAGAGAGCAUCUGGUUUCUUGAUGGCCAAGGAAUUGGAAUACUUCUCCAAGGCAUUGGAAAACCCGGUCAGACCUUUCUUGGCUAUUCUUGGUGGUGCAAAGGUUUCAGAUAAGAUUCAAUUGAUUGACAACUUGUUGGACAAGGUUGAUAUGUUGAUCAUUGGUGGUGGUAUGGCUUUCACCUUCAACAAGGUUUUGAACGGUAAGUCAAUUGGUGAUUCCUUAUUCGAUAAGGAUGGUGCAGAGAUUGUUCCUAAAUUGAUGGAAAAGGCAAAGAAGAACAACGUCAAGGUCUUUUUGCCUGUUGAUUACAUCACUGCAGAUAAGUUUGCUCCAGAUGCUGCAACCUCUACAGCUAACGCAGAAGAUGGUGUUCCAGAUGGCUGGAUGGGUCUUGAUGCUGGCGUUAAAACCAGAGAGUUAUUCACUAAUGCCAUUGGCCAAGCAAAGACCAUUGUCUGGAACGGUCCACCAGGUGUCUUUGAAUUCGAUGCUUUCUCUAAUGGUACAAAGGCAAUGUUAGAUGCUUGUGUGAAAUCUUCCCAAGCAGGUAACACUGUUAUCAUUGGUGGUGGUGAUACCGCUACUGUCGCUAAGAAAUUCGGUGCAGCUGAUAAAUUAUCCCACGUCUCCACUGGUGGUGGUGCAUCUCUUGAAUUGUUAGAAGGUAAGGAAUUGCCAGGUGUCGCCUUCUUAUCCGAUAAGAAAUAA